AGCCAUAGCACAGCGUAUGUGUACUUCUGGAGGCAGGCAAAGCUAAUACAGGAUGCAACCCACUGCAUUAAACCAACUCUUUCCAUAACCCAGAGGGACUUGCUCAUCGAUGGCAGGUGAUAUCAUGUAUGCGGACGUGGCAAUGCUACCCAGGGAAAGACGAGACGUUCCUUCUCGGACACCAGUUCCAGGAAACACGAUCACAUACGCUGAGCUGUGCAUGAAGCCGAAACCCAGAGGGACCAGCAGAUCAGAGACUUCAGCUUCUGGCUGCCAACAUGGGUGCUCAGCCUGGUUCUACGUGGCGCUGGUCCUGGGAGUCCUUGUGCUCGUUCUGUUGGGCAUCACAGCUGUGCUCACCAAGCAAUUUUUGAAGGGCAGUGCAAGAAAAUCAGAAAGUUUGUCCCAGUAUGGUCUAAAUAGCACUGGCAAUCACAUUUCUUCAGAGAAGACUGUCUUGGGGGUGCUCCUGAAAUGGCUCAUGGAGGAACUGUGUGAAGAUGGACAGGGAACAACAUGUGAGCUAUGUCCUCCAGGAUGGCAACUACACAGGGGAAGAUGUUACUACUUCUCCGAAGAGGCUGUAAGCUGGGAUGACAGCCAGAGAAACUGUCUGGCCAGAAAAUCACAGCUCCUUGUCAUUGAAGAUGAAAUUGAGAUGGAAUUCAUAGACAAUAAGGAGAAAGAUACCAAAUAUAUCUGGAUUGGGUUGAAGACUCAAGCCACAAAGAAACAGAGGAGUUCAGCUGAAGAUCCCAGAGCAAAAGAAAACAGGAUAGCUACAAAUACAAUAGAGACUGACAAGAGCUGUGCUGUUUACAGAAGAAAAAACAUAAUCCAAGAAGAUAACUGCCGGACUUUAAAGAAGUGGAUCUGUAAGAAGAAUGCAACUUUGUUGGUGCUCUGAGUCAAAUUGUCAGGCAACAGGCAGAGCUUUUUGUCAGAAGACGCAUUUUACCAAUAAAACAACAUGUGAUGUAAAUAGUUUUAUGAGACUUACACAGAAAUUUACAUUUCAUUGUUCUGGGCUCCCUAAGACUUCACCUGAUGCAAACAGGGAACUCAGAAGUUACCAUGUGUCAGUGUGAAGGUCAUGCAACAGGACUGCAACUCAGCACAUGUGGACUUGGGGGUGCUGAGCCUUCCCACGGACAUGAAGAUAAGCACUGUGCACAAAACUGUGAUGGGCAGAAAAGAUGCCACCUGCAGGGGCUGAGGAGCAUGUUUGGAGCCCACUGCUGUUGUACAUAUCCCUGAAGCACUGCUGCUGAGCUGAAGGAACUUUUUAUUUGAGUUUUGUUAUUUUAGUGUCUUCUGAAGUUUGUGGGUUUUUUCCUUACAGUCUUAUUGCAACUACAGAGGCCACUUGAGGGCUGUUAAAAAUAUGUUAUGAGACAGUGUCUUACACUUACUCAGAGCUAACCUGCAUGGCUGCUGGUUAUGCAGAUACCAGAGCAAGCAUGAAGUGACUCAUAACACUUGUCUCCCAUCUUCUUCUGUUGCUGAAACUUAGGAUAUAAAAGAAACCUCUUAGCUAAGGAAGGGGCUUGGACUGUAAGACAAAAUUGUAUUGCAAGGAAAUGAAGAUGAUAGCCUGCCUUUCCACCUCUUUUUGUCCCUUCACUUUGCAGAUUCUUUAAUGUGGAACCAUAGGUGCUGCCUGAAAGGUAUGAUGACAAGGUACUGAAACUAAUGCCUGUGAUAUUACUCUCUGUAUGCACUCUGUAAAUACAUUAUUUGGGCAUUCAAAUAUCAUGUAAACACACAAUUUCUGGAUCUAGAAUACAAAAAUGCUAAGAGCAGUCUGAGUUAGUGCCUUUAUUAGAUUCAUAUAUUUAAAAAAAACCGAAGAAAUGCAAUGAUUUUUAAGAAACCAGACACGCCAUUUGUUUAGACUUAAAACCACCUUAGUCUAAUAAAGACAGGAACUCCUCUAGACCUGUAGCUAGCAUGUGUCGUUCAAAUCAGUGACCAAAGCAAAGCAAAUGUUUGCAUCAUUGUUGAGCUAUUUCCAGUUGACUUGUGUCGCA